UGUUGCUUUAUAUCAUCAAAAAGAUAACACAAAAUUUGAGAAAAAACGAAAACAAUGUUGAUUCCACUGUAUUGCUUCUGGUUUAUACUUCUUCCCGCUCUUUUCUCGUUUAUAUUCAUUAAGAAAACCAAAUACUCGAAACAAAAUCUUCCUCCGAGCCCACCGAAGCUUCCGAUCAUCGGAAACCUACACCAGCUUCGAGGAUUGUUUCAUAGAUGUCUUCACGAUCUCUCCACGAAACACGGACCCGUGAUUUACCUCCGUCUAGGUUUUGUCCAAAUGGUGGUUAUCUCAUCGAGCGAAGGAGCUGAAGAAGCUCUAAAAACUCAUGACCUUGAAUGCUGUAACAGACCUUUGACGAACGCCUCAUCAAAAUUCUCGCGUGACGGUAAAGACAUAGCAUUUGCGCCAUAUGGUGAGGUUUCGAGAGAGGUGCGCAAGAUUUCUUUUCUCAACUUUUUCAGCACGAAAAAGGUCCGAUGUUUUAGGUACAUCAGAGAGGAAGAGAAUGAUCUCAUGGUCAAGAAACUGAAGGAAUCGGCUCUGAAAAACUCUACGGUAGAUUUGAGCCAAACACUUUUCUGUCUUGUUGGAAGUGUCAUAUGUAGAGCCGCCUUUGGACAAAGUUUCUACGAAAGCAAGCAUAUCAAUAAAGACAGGAUCAAAGAUUUCAUGUUUGAGUUCCAGAAAGUUGGGUCUCUCAGUAGUUCUGAUCUUUUCCCUUUUGGUUUGGGAUGGUUUAUGGACUUUGUGUCAGGACAACAGAAGAGACUUCGUAAAGUUCUCUUUCAGGUUGAUACAUUAAUGGAUCAUGUAAUUGACGAUCACUUGAAGAACCCUGAAGAGAAAACAAAUCAAGAUUGCCCUGAUAUUGUUGACUCGAUUCUGGAUACUAUGCAUAAACAAAAGCAAGAUGAAUCAUUCAAGCUCACCAUCGAUCAUCUCAAAGGAAUCAUCCAAGAAAUAUAUCUUGCUGGAGUAGACACAAGCGCCAUCACAACAAUUUGGGCAAUGGCAGAGCUUAUUAAAAACCCGCGAGUGAUGAAAAAAACUCAAGACGAGAUCCGAACUUGCAUUGGAAUCAAUCAAAAUGAGAGAAUCGAGGAAGAAGAUACCCAUAAGCUUCAUUACUUGAAACUUGUGAUCAAAGAAACCUUAAGACUACAUCCAGCAGCUCCUCUUUUACUUCCAAGAGAAACAAUGGCUGAUAUAAAGAUUCAAGGCUACGACAUUCCUUGCAAAACCCUUCUUUUGAUCAACGCAUGGUCAAUAGGACGAAACCCUAAACUCUGGAGAAACCCUGAGGAGUUUAAUCCGGACAGGUUUAUCGAUUGUCCUAUUGACUACAAAGGUAAUAACUUUGAGAUGUUACCAUUUGGUUCUGUUCGGAAGAUAUGUCCAGGGAUGGCUUUCGGGAUUGCGACCGUCGAAUUGACACUACUGAACUUGCUCUACUUCUUUGAUUGGAGAUUGCCUGAGGAAAGUAAAGAUAUAGACAUGGAAGAAGCUGGUGAUACCACCAUUGUUAAGAAAGUUCCUCUUGAGCUGAUCCCGGUUCCUUAUCAUCGAAUGAUGGCUUAAACAGGGUAAACGUUUUUUUUUUAGAGGGAAAAAUGAUAUGUAUCAUUGUACUCUGGGCCUGCUUUACCUCUUCAGAAAUUUGAGUUUCAAGGGGCUUAAAUUUUUCAAGCACAAAUUUUUUAGGCCAUACCGGGAAUAAGAGUUUUGUGAAGUCCAGACAACACUUAAUAUCAUUUGGUUUAAUUA